CGUUGUACAAGUGGUAGGGUCGUGCGUAGUUCAAAAAUAACCAAACAAGGAUGGUAGAGGGCUCCGGCUUGACUGUUGAGUCUGUGUUAUCUGCCAUUGAUGCGUUGUAUAUGAAUCCAGAUACAUCUAUCAAAGAGCAGGCUUCAAAGUGGCUGUGUGAAUUUCAAAAAUCGGUUUAUGCUUGGCAAAUAUCCGAUCAGUUGCUAUACAUGAAUAGAGAUUUAAAUUCUUGUUACUUUGGAGCUCAAACUAUACGUAAAAAGAUUCAAUGUCACUUUACUGAACUCCCAGUGGAGUCGCACGAAGGACUAAAAAACUCUCUCCUGCAACAUGUCAAAGAACUUAGAGAAAACACUAGCUUACCGAUAGCAAACCAGUUGUGCUUAGCCGUUGCAGAUUUGUUUUGCCAUAUGGUUCAAUGGAAAGAUGGGAUCAAAGAUAUUGUUUCAAAAUUUUCAGAAACAGACGUCUCCUGCAGCUACCUAAUUGACAUUCUAAAAUUUAUUCCUGAAGAGAUGAACAGCAGUACACUUCGACUAGGAAUGAAUCGUCGACACGCUCUUAUGAGUCAGUUUGAAGGAAGCAAACAGUUUGUGUUAGAGUUUCUGUCUCACAGAGCAAAAUCAGAACAAAUGGUUAUCUUAGCUAAAGUAUAUAAUUGUCUUGCAAGUUGGUGGGAUAACACUGGAGUCAUGGUUGAACACGAUGUACCGAUUGACCCUCUCUUAAACACUGCAUUUGCUAUCCUUCGGAAUCCUUCCACUACUCCUGAAUCAACUUUCGACGCCGCAUCUCAGUGGGUGCUAGCACUUUUAUACCAGUGUAAGCAACUCAGCAACGCAAACAGUGAAUUACUGCGUUGGCUUCAAGAAAAUAUUUACAGUCUAGUUAGUGUUGUGCAGGAAUGCUCCAAUUCUGUCACGUCUGCGUUAGGAUCAAUUCAACAGCAAGAACAGCUUGAACUGUACAAAGAUCGGUGUACUUGCUUGGCUCACAUUUUCUCGUCGUUAGCCAGAACUUUACGGCCUCCUCUUGUAGAUCAGCCCACUAGCCCUGGAUCUGGUGGUCUUGGAGACUUGCGUACUAUGGAGUGUAUUCUUGUAGUUCUUGAAAUACCUCCUCCUCUUGGUAGUCGUGAAUUGGCAUCUAUUACAUUCCAUGCCUUACAUUCAUUGGCUGAUGAUGCGAUUCGACACCGGUCCAUGAGUGCUGCAGUAUCUGUGAAUCAGGGCUCCUUGGAAUCUUCAGUUAACAACUCUAAUACUUCUGCUGGCGUGGCACGCCCGAUUGCAGCCUUAAUUCCUUACUUCACUCGCGUUGUAGUUGCGUUAACUAGUUACUGUCCUAGUAAUACAUCCGACUUAGAAAGUACCGAUGAAUUAAGAGAUUUUCGUGAGGAUGUUCAUGAUCUCAUGCAAGAUAUUCUGGGUUUGGUUGGAGCUGAAGCUAUUUUCGUCGAGCUAUACAAUUAUGUUCAGAAGCUGCAAAUGUUAGCUAUGUCUGAGAAUGCACAGGCGUCGGCAUAUGAAGUGCUUCGGGAGUCUGAAGCAUGCCUGUUCAUGCUUACAACUGUUGCUAAACGUCUAUCUCCUCGUGAUCCUGAAGGACAUAUUUCGAAUCUUAUAUCAAAAUUAGUACUCCCAGGUCUCACAGGACCAUGCCCUCCUCCUCUUCAAGAAGUCGGUUGUAUGCUAUAUAUGGAGUUGGCUCAUUGGGCUGCCUGCCAUCCUCAGCUCCGGCGUCAAAUCGUUAACCAGCUGAUCGAGAUAAUCGAAAAGUCUGCUGGCGUUGAGUCCCAAUCUUUACAGCCAGGUCAAAAGCUUGCUGUUGGAGCGGCACUUUCAGCUCUUGGUUCUUUAUGUGCUGUGUAUCGCGCAACCCCAACAUCUACACCUAACGGAGAUGUUUCUACUCAUUCCCCUUGUAACUCCGAUUCUCUUCGUCUUGCUUUAAUUGACGAACAUUGGCAGGAUUUGGUCAAUCGAGUUGCCUACAAUCUACCAAGGCUUGCUUGGGUUCCUAUCCAUGAUGCUACUCAUUUUUUCGCUGGUAUAGGACGAGGUCUAAUAUGCUCUGUGGGCACAGGUGGUGGGGGAGUUGAAUUCGACCCUCGAGCGUCUAGACAAGCUUUUCCGAUGAGAGUAGCACAAAUAUGUAGCGUCAGCUUGGAAUGUUUAUCUAAGUUGAUGGAUGGUAAUGUCCCUAUAGAAGGUUCAGAUACUCUCAGUGACCCCCGUGUAUGGCUUGAUUACCUAGCAGCACUGUUUCGUACUUUCAAUUGCCUUUUACGACGUUUGGGAAAUCCAAGUUCUAGUCAGUGGGACACAAGGGAACGCAAUGCUGUUGAUCGUACUACGUCUGAGUUGGUGCUUUCUGCUCAGAAUUGUUUAGCUGAAUGCUUGCAGUUAGUAAGAGAAGUAAUAUGGCCAGUUGUAACCCGUGUGCUCACACAUUAUGCCUCGCGCAUGCGUCCAAUGGAGCAUGUUUGUCGUCUCAUACGUUUUAUUGUGCGUUGUUUUUCUGUGCACUUACGAGAUCUUCUCCCGGAACUUGCUGAAAAAAUUGUACUGUCUUAUACAACUGGAGGACAACAUUCAAGUUUUCUCUAUUUAACAAGCGUGCUAGUUGAUGAAUUCGGAGAACAAUUAGAUUGCAGAGUUGGUUUGGUUAAUGUGUAUGAGGCAUUGAGUGGUCCAACACUGAAAUCUAUCUCUGGUUCUGGACUCAUACAACAACCGCAUACUGUGGAAGAUCUGUUUCGGUUAUGUACCCGACUUGUACAACACUGUGCUGCUGUUUUUCUCACUAGUAGCAGGAUCAAUUUGAAUGAACUCUGCGAUACCGCUGUUUCUUCUCUAAAUCUGUGUUGUGCCGGCCCUGGUGCUGGUUCAUCUAGUGAUGAUACACCGGAUCCAAACUCAUCUAAUAAUGAUGAAUCGAGUUCAUCGUCAGCUUCUACCAGCGCAUCAGCUGCAGCUGCUCGAUUUUUCAUCGAACUCAUCAUUUUUACGAAUGAGGCAUGUGAGGAGACACCAAUGCAGGUUGUACAGAUUUUAGAAUCUGGUAGACAUCUUGCUACUCCCUCUUGCCAGUCAGCUCUAGCUGCUCAGAAUGUUAUUGUGUGGUUAACUUACUCCAGGCCUACACAGCCUACUGAUCCUAGUAAUAUGAAUAGUUGUUGCGGCGGACAACGGUUAGUUUCAGCAUUAUUGCAAGCGUGUUGUCUUGGAUUAAUGGAUGAAAGGUUUCCCGAGAUGGCGGAUAUUUUGUAUCAUCUUAAGGUCAUGAUUAAUCAAGAAGUAAGUAUCUAUUUUCGGUAAGGCUUCUAUAUGUUGUCUUAUUCGGUACAUAGUAUAGUUUUUGAAACUAAAUCAGUUCCUUAAAGUUCUUCUCAUUUUGAACUUGAUUUUUUCCAACGGAUUUUUUCCUUUAUUAUGCGUAGUUACUACAGUGUCUUGAAGAAUUAACUUAGUGCUUCAAUAUGACUACAUUUAAACAUCAUUAAGUCUGCUUAACUGUUUAAUCUACCCAUCCUCAUCCAAGUUUGGUUUUGUUGAAUCUGUUAUUUCUGAUUCCCACUUGCAUACUAGAUAAUCACGGAAGCUAAUGCUAACAGUAAUAAAAAACUUAAUUAAAUGAAAACAAAAUAAAGGUAGAUAAUCGGCAAGCGUCAUGUAUAGUUGUUUAGUUCUUCGAUUGGGGAAAGUCCAUGUUGAAAUUUAGUGAAUAUUAUGAAUUUAUAGUUAACGGACUUAUUUUAGCACCUUCUUUCUUAGGUUUUGCUUGUUGAAUGAUGCACUUGGUUUUUAUUUUAUCAAAGCUUUCAAAUUAUGCGAUCUUAACAAAAGACCAACCGGGAAUAAGUCGCUUCUAAAAAAGUUGAUCACAAUUCAGUAUUUCCAAUUCCAGUGCUAUAUUUCCAUAUCCGUAUUUAUAUAUAGAUGUUUCUUAAUUGGUUGAAGAGCGCAGUAGCCAAUUUGUCAACUAUACGUACUGAUGGUUUAGUCCAAGCUACACAAGACCAAAUUACCGAUUUUCAAGAUGUUGUUAUGAAUUCAUCCCGAAGUUCAACGAUCGUACAUGCGCUUGACUCAUUUUCAAGAUUGUUCCGAUGAAUUAUGCUCCCUGUAUACAAUUUUCAGUGUAUAAAAAGUAUUUACCUCUCACUUUGCACUAUUUCAAAACAAGCUACGUUUAUUCCAGAUUUCUUCGUUGUUAUGAGCAAUUUUAACCAGUGUAUUUUAAAACCUUAUAUACAGCCACAUUUCGAAAAUGUUCCCAAUCUUCUUGAACAUACUCUGUUUAUCCUUAUCUAUAUGCAGAAUCCAACCCGUUUGAUUAUAUUAAAUGAGCGAUUUAAAAUCAAAGAGAACAUUUAAAUCCGGAUAUUCAGCUUUAUUAUCAUUAUUACUGACUUAGAUUUCACAGGUUAUCAAACCUUAUAAACGGCCUAAUAGUUUUCCGUAACAUGGCGAUAUUGGGAGUAAAUAGUGAUGUUUCUUUCACCAGGCUUUACAAAUCGAUCUUUGAAACCAAAAUAUUGUGAAGGAGAAAUCCUAACGAUAUCUGAUCAAAUGAUCUUCAUGUUUAAAAGCACAUCAUUUCCUACUCAUAAUAUCGAGGCUUCAUUUUUGUGGACGUAAGUUCAUCACUGACAAGCUUUUAAUUCAAAAGUUUGUCUUUAGGAAUAUGAAUGUUUACAUUGGAGUAACAUAUUGCAAUUAAUCGAUGUUUUCUAUCUGUGUUCCAUUCAGUUUUUACCCUUAGCUAAUAGAAUCUUGUUUGAGCCGCUCUUUAAUCGUCGUUGACUCUUCCUUGACAGAAAGUGCUAGAUUAGUUUUGGAGUACAUACCACAAUCAACGCUAUCAAUAUGUUCAUUCGAAAUGUUUCCCUUAGGUUAAAGUUUCCCAAUACAAUAUUAUGUGAUGCUGUAAAAAAACCUAGUAGUUUUGGAUAAACUUGUGUUACUCAGUUUGUAAACGUUAUUAAAUUUGAUAGGAACUUCAAGGGUAUUAAGACGCCAAGUCCAACAUUACACAUGGUUUAAAAAAAU